AUGAUCAUCUUACACAAGGGCUGUUCGUAUAUACGAUUUACCACGGCUACGUUUGAUGCAAUGGAAGUAGAUUGUGAGGAUUUUUGCCAGGAAAGAGAUUUCCGUCCAUGUUAUCUUGACUAUGCUCCAAGCAGGGCAGAUGGUCGUAUCGAAACAUUACCCUCACAUAUGGAAGAAAUGUGUCUCUUGAUACAUCAGAGAAGUCACACAGGUGAGAAGCCGUUUCCAUGUUCUGAGUGUGGGAAAUGUUUUGCAAACAAAUCAGAUCUUGUUAAACAUCAGAAAAGUCACACAGGUGAGAAGCCAUUUCCAUGUUCUGAGUGUGGGAAAUGUUUUGCACACAAAUCAGAUCUUGUUAGACAUAACAGAAGUCACACAGGUGAGAAGCCAUUUCCAUGUUCUGAGUGUGGGAAAUGUUUUACACAGAAAUCACAACUUGUUACACAUCAGCAAAGUCACACAGGUGAGAAGCCAUUUCCAUGUUCUGAGUGUGGGAAAUGUUUUGCACAGAAAUCAGAUCUUGUUAGACAUCAGCAAAGUCACACAGGUGAGAAGCCAUUUCCAUGUUAUGAGUGUGGGAAAUGUUUUGCACAGAAAUCACUUCUUGUUAUACAUCAGAAAAGUCACACAGGUGAAAAUCCAUUUUCUUGCUCUGAGUGCAGGAAAUGUUUUACCCGGAAAUCACAACUUGCUACACACCAAAGAACUCACACAGGUGAGAAGCCAUUUCCAUGUUCUGAGUGUGGGAAAUGUUUUGCGCAUAAAUCAGAUCUUGUUAAACAUUACAGAAGUCACACAGGUGAGAAGCCAUUUCCAUGUGCUGAGUGUGGGAAAUGUUUUGCACGGAAAUCAGAUCUUGUUGAACAUCAGAGAAGUCACACAGGUGAGAAGCCGUUUUCUUGCUCUGAGUGUGGGAAAUAUUUUUCCUGGAAAUCACAACUUGCUACACACCAAAAAAGUCACACAGAUGAGAAGCCAUUUCCAUGUUCUGAGUGUGGGAAAUGUUUUGCGCAGAAAUCACAUCUUGUUAAACAUCACAGAAGUCACACAGAUGAGAAGCCAUUUCCAUGUUCUGAGUGUGGGAAAUGUUUUGCACAGAAAUCAGAUCUUGUUAAACAUUACAGAAGUCACACAGGUGAGAAGCCAUUUCCAUGUUCUGAGUGUGGGAAAUGUUUUGCAAUCAAAUCAGAUCUUCUUAGACAUCAGAGAAGUCACACAGGUGAGAAGCCAUUUUCUUGCUCUGAGUGUGGGAAAUGUUUUUCCCAGAAAUCACAUCUUCUUACACAUCAGCAAAGUCACACAGGUGAGAAGCCAUUUCCAUGUUCUGAGUGUGGGAAAUGUUUUGCAUACAAAUCAGAUCUUGUUACACAUCAGCAAAGUCACACAGGUGAGAAGCCAUUUCCAUGUUCUGAGUGUGAGAAAUGUUUUGCAAACAAAUCAAAUCUUCUUAAACAUCAAAGAAGUCACACAGGUGAGAAGACAUUUCCAUGUUCUGAGUGA